GGCUGAUGGCGGAAGAGUGCAGUGCGUGGUCUGCUGGCGUUAUUGCAGGAUCUUUACAUAAUAAAAACGAAGUUCUCUCUUUUUAAUAAUAAUUCUGAUUACAAGAUCAACAUCAAACAAAUUCUUAAUCACGUGUGCGCUAAGAAAACUUGCCAAAGCAUACGUGAAGAGAGAGAUCGGAUAAAAGAUACUUUUAGUGUGGAUCUUGAGCAAAGUUAUGAGAAGCACUAAGCAUUUUUCUCUAUCAUAGCCAGCCAAUUAAAAUGGUUAGCAAAUUGCCACAGGAGUUCAGAAGAUACAAUAGAAAUCGAAACCAGUUGAGGCACAUAUUUAAGGAAACUCAGAGGGUUCUCGAGAUUAUUAAUCUUGAGAAUUUCUUUCCAGGAGAAAAUAUAAUUGAGGAAUUGCUACCAACACUGACCUUAAAUAAAAUUACACAUGUUCUGGGAAAUUGUCCUGCCAUAGUUGUCUUUGGCCAAAAUAGUCAAGCGAAAGCCUCAUUAGUUAAUCAACUACUCUUAACAGAAAUUUUGCCAGAAUGUCUUGGUCAAUGGAGGUGGGUUAAAAUUGGUUGUGGACCUACGAAUCAUGUAAAUCUUACACUAGGAUUAGAGUAUGAAGUUGUAGAAAAUUUAAAAGCAAAUGAGACACCAUGGACUACUAUUCCUGCUGAAGAUUUGAUGGAAUCUGAGAGUAUAGAUCCCAACUGCCCCACAGUACUCGAAGUAAAAUUAAAUCGGCCUACUUUAAAGGACGGUGUACAAAUAUUUAUUGUACCAGAUUCAGGUGGUGUACAAAUACUAGCCAAAGAUGUGUUCAAAAUACUGCCAAUCUUUCUCUAUGCACUGGGCGAACAACCACUGUCAAAUGAGAAUGUAGAGGAGCUGAGAAACCUAAAAGAAACGUAUCCUUACAAUCCAGUGUUGUUUGUUUCAGCACUGACUCACAUCACACUUGACAGUCUCGACGGGGAUCUUAGUUUGACGAAUCGGCUUAGGUCGGAAAGUAAAAAUGAAUCAACCGAAUCGAGUGGUACAAGAGAAUAUUCGAUUUCUUUAACAUCGACAUCGACUCACGAUGAUUCAAUAAAGUCAAAUUCUAUUAAAAUAGAUUUGUCAAAGGAACUCGAUAAAGAUUGCAAUUAUGAUAAAGUUAACUCUCUCGGUAUUACUUGGCUUAAUCAACUUACUGACUUGGGUUUUCUUAGUGAAUCUACCGAAUCAGAUAACAAUUCUUGGGCAUCGAAUGGCCGCCCUAAUAAUUCGAGUGAUAUUUUAGAUUCUUGCAAAAAAUUAGAUCUAAUGCUGUACUUUGUGCGAAGCUGCCUUCAAACCUACCUCGUAAACGUGAGCAACGAACUGAAUGAUGUACAUACAACAAGUCUUCGCAAGUUCAUCCUAAGCGCUUUUGACAUGGCCCGUGAGAUUCAGAUAACACCUAAACGAAUUCAAUAUGCUCAACAAAAAGAAUCUGAACUCUACUCAAGCCUUAUGAAAGUUGUAAAUGCAAAGCAAGAAGAAUUAACAGAACUCAUACAAUAUACCAUACAAGAGAUGAAAGACGAAGUCAAUGUACAAACCGAAAGUACAACCCUUUAUCAAAAUGUGCCAUGUGUUGAAGGUGAAUGGUCGGCUACUGUUAGAGCAGCUACGACUGAAGUACAAAGAAUUGUACUUACGAGACUUGGCGAACGAGUUGCUAAACAGUUAGUUAAUUCAGUUAAUUGCUUGAGAGAUACUUUCUUGGGGACAUUGCAGAGAUGCUUACUUAGUUUGGAGAAGAGUUACGAAGGGGAGACUAAUCUUACAGCAAGCGACGCUCUGAAACAAAUUCUUUCCGCUGCCUAUAACGUUGAGCUGCAUAACUCGUCACCGUCUCUCGUUCACUCCUUUCUAGAACGACUUCGACAAUUAUUUAAAUCAGUACCAAUGCCUUGGGCACCAACACCGAUUCUAAAUACGUCUUGGAGGCGAAAAGUCAUCAUCGACAUACUGAAUUCUUUAAGUGCUGCUCGACUGGCUCGAGCUAUUUCAACUCAGUUUAGGGAUAAAGUCAAGGCUUCGCAUGACACUUUCCAGUCUGCGCUUAGGUCAUUGGAGAAUCAUUAUUCCGGCAAAUUGGAGAGAACCGAAGAGCAAAGAAUUGCUAUUAGGAAAUAUCAUGCGCCGAGACUAGCUAAACUGGCACUCGAGUCUACUUCUAUGAGCGACUUGAUUCGUUUUGGGAUUCCACACCAAGGUAAAGAAAUCGGUCGAGGUCAGUACGGCGUAGUAUUCGCAUGUGACGGUUGGGGUGGUGCGCCAGGACCAUGUGCAGUAAAAUCUGUAGUUCCACCAGACGAGAAGCACUGGAACGAUUUAGCAAUGGAGUUCUAUUACACAAGAUCAAUACCUGAUCACAAACGCAUCGUGAAACUUCGAGGUUCGGUGAUCGAUCACGCAUACGGUGGUGGUUACGGUAUGGGUGCAGCGGUGUUACUCAUCACCGAUAGAAUGAGUAGAGAUCUUUAUUGCGGCAUCAGGUCAGGAUUGACCUGGCUCGAGAGGAUACAGAUUGCCAUUGAUGUACUUGAAGGUAUUAGGUACCUGCAUUCACAGGGUCUAGUGCAUAGAGAUAUCAAGUUGAAGAAUGUGUUGCUUGACAAAGAGAAUCGAGCCAAACUAACGGAUCUUGGCUUUUGCAUAACCGAGGCAAUGAUGUCGGGAAGCAUCGUUGGUACCCCAGUUCACAUGGCACCUGAACUUCUCUCGGGACACUAUGACAGUAGCGUUGACGUUUAUGCUUUUGGUAUCUUGUUCUGGUAUAUUUGUGCUGGUCAUGUCCGGCUGCCUUAUGCGUUCGAACAGUUUCACAAUAAGGAACAGCUGUGGACGAGCGUAAGAAAAGGUAUCAGACCAGAACGUCUAAUAAUCUUCGACGAAGAAUGUUGGAAUCUAAUGGAACAAUGUUGGGCUGGUGAACCGUCACGUCGACCACUUCUAGGUGCGAUUCUACCGGUUUUGGAAUCAAUCCGUGCUAAAGCCGAAUCAAAUCGUAAGGACGUUGCUUCACUUGUCCUUGCUAAUGGCAAUUGUGGUAGCAACAGUAAUGGUAGCAAUAACAACAACAACAACAACAACAACAACAACAACAACAACGAGGCAAUGGAUUUGAAAAAGCCGAUUAAUCAGAGGGGUGAAGUAGCCAGUCCACUGUUCCGCCGACGCAAGAAGUCCUCGGUGUUCUUUCGCACGCCCAAGCACCCUGGUCUUCCCAUGACUAACUUCUUUCACAUGAGUGCCUGUUCAAAUUUGUACAUACAGAUGCACGAAUUCUGACUUGUUUUUUUUUUUUUUUUUAUCGAGACGUUGGCUUAGAUUUACACGAGGAUUUUUAUUUGCUGUCGUACAUUUAUUUUGUUUAUUUAAUUUGAGAGUGGAAUUCAAUAUUUUUCAUAGUUCACUCUUAAGUUUUUGUAAGACUGAUUUAGUUUGAACUUUGAAAAUAAUUUUUUUGUAAUGAAUGAAGUGAUAAUAGAAAAUAUUUGUCAAGUUCCUUUCGAAUCCCAAAAAAUUAUUCGUCAAGUUAAAACUAAAUUUGCAAGAGGUUAUUGACGUAAUUUUCGAGUUUUAUUUUAGGACAAUUAUUGUACAUAACGAUCCUCCUGCUUUUUUAAUCCGAUUUCUCGUUCGUUUAUUUGUAUGUAAACAGUUGCUUGUUAUUACAUUCAUUGGGUAGGGAUAAUUUUUGUUUACCGAAUCAAAUUAUUUUCUGUAUGAAUCUUUUUCCUAUACUUAAGGGACCCUUUAUUCUUCCAUAGAUGUAUAAAUGAAUGUAAAUUAAUAGGUCGACUUUGCUCCAUGGUUUAAUUGCGUAUAGUGCUUGCAACCCAAAGAAAAAUAUAUGUCGAUAAUUUUUACUCAUCAAAGUACUGUGAAUCAAUUUUGGAUCGUUCGGUCCAUUAGUUUCUUUACAAAUAAAUGUUUAAGAAUGUUGUUUCAAAAAUAAUGUUUUUUAGAUAUAGAGAUUUGUUUACGUGAUUUGAUAAAUGAAAAAUGACAACUUAGUAUUAUUUUUCAAAAAUCAUUUUCAAAAAUUUAUUUUUAAAGAAACUAAUAGAUCGGAUGAUCUAAAAUUGAUUCAUAGUACUUUGGUCGGUAAAAACUAUCGGCCUAUAUUUUUCUUUUCGGAUUGUGAGCAUUACUCGCGGUCAAAUCUUGGAGCAAAGUCGGCUCAUUAAUUUACAUUGGUUUGUACAUCUAUGGAAAGGUAGGGAGGCCUUCACUACCACAAUGUGCGUGCUAUUAUUGCUUAUGUAUGCACAUACAUUUCAUUUUAAUUUCUUAUGUACAAAAUAUCAACUGUUUUUUUUCCAUUUUUUUGCUAUAAGUAUUGCAAAGCCAUCAGUAUUAGUUGCAAAAUAGCAUAUAUUUCACACAAAUUUGUUUGCAAGUACAAAUUUAUUUCUGUUUAAUAGUAUACUAACUCGACGCUUUAAACUAUUUUUUCAGUGGUAUUGCUCUGAUCUUGGCAUUACUAAAAUAUCGAUGGCAAAUAAUAUUAUCGCAUAUUAAGUUAUCUAUUAUCGAGUUACAUAUUAUUUUCGAUAAUAUGUUUUACACUCUAGAACUAUAUUUGUUAUUAUGAACGUAGAAUUAAAAAAAAGUAGUAUGGUUUUAUCACGUAAAACCGUUUUUAUUAUAUCCAACAUUGCAUUGCUGUCAAAGAGAAAAGCUUAUCGAUAUUUUUUGGCAAUUAUAUACCUGUCCGAAAUGAUAUAUAUUAAAUACUAAUGGACGAUUACGACAGCGAGCGUUUAUACUAAGAUUUUGAUUUUUUUUGUAUUCUUAAAAUAAUGUGUUAAAAAUAAAAUGUUCGUCCAUUGUAUUCUUUUUUAUGCUUUGCAUGCUAAAUGAAAACUAAUAAUUUUGUGGAAAAAUAGAACCUUAAAAAACAUUUACUAAAGAAUUAGAAGAUCGUGUACAUACAAUGAUCUUUCGGAUACAUGUUUAGAACAAUAAUGUGAGAAAUUUGAUGAAUUAUUAUGAGUAAGUAAACUAAAUGUUUCUAAAUGUUCCUAGCAUUAAUUGCACGCUUUUUUGCUUAAAUAUAUUUAAAUAAAAAUAUCUACGAAGAGAAUACAAAAUAAUUAUAUUCAUCUCAAUUGAUCAUAAAGUUUACAUAAAUAUAAUAUUUAAUUAUACAAUGUUGUUUUAUAUUCUCUGGAUGUAAAUUUAAAAUAUGUACAAUACUUAUAGCAAAUUAAUUAUAUCGAAAAAUUAUAAUAAUUUUGAAUAAUUUUG